CAACAUUUUCAACAUGAUAAUUUUGUGUAUUGCAGUUUAAAUACAUCCAUAAAUAUGUACACAAUUCAAUGUAGUCAAUAAACUACACACAUUCUGGCUGAAAUAAAAGCAUGCAAAGUAAAGUAGACGCGUAAUUAUUAAAACUGGUAUAUUUCCACACACCACCACCAUUUAAUGUGGAGAUGACAACAUUACGCCAUUGUUUGGAUGAUGUUUGUUGACAAUUUGACAGUUGUAAAAUAAAUUUUCGGGAACAAGACAGCCUGUUUUUGUGUUCGUCUAGGAUUCCUUUUUUGAAAACACGAAAAUAAUGGUGGGCGCAAUGCCUGUAAACUUGAUACCAAAAUUUUACAACGGUACCAUGGACAGUCAUAAUGGUACUGAGGAAAGUGGGUUUCACGUUCAUAUUGGAAGUAGGGUGAAAUGUGGUGAUGAUUUUGGCACGGUGAAGUAUAUUGGUGAAGUUCACGGCUACAAGGCGGUGUGGUAUGGUGUGGAAUGGGAUGACCCUGGCAGAGGAAAGCAUGAUGGUUCGGUUGAUGAUGUGCAGUAUUUCAAGACUUCGAAACCUGGUGCUGGCUCCUUCAUUCGUCCAAGCAAGAUAUCUCCAUUCCAGACUUGUGCUGAUGCUAUAAGAAAGUAUUAUGGUGAUAAAGAGGAUGAGACUGUGGCCGCACACCGCAGGACGGUUAUCAACGAGUGGAAGAGGGAGAUGGGAGCACCAUUCAUUGAAAUGGUCGGUUUUGAGAAGAUACACCAGAAACAGAAAUUCGACCGGCUCCUAGAAGUCUGUGUGCACGAUCAGAACAUUAGCAAAGCGGGCGACGUGUGGUCCCUGUGCCCAAACAUGCAGAGUCUGGACGUCUCCAGGAAUCUGUUUAGCAACUGGCGCGAGGUGAUUCAGCUGUCUGCCCAGCUGCCCAGCCUGACAGACCUGGAUGUAAGCAAAAACCUUAUGACAGUCGAUAUGCCAGCAGAGACUUUAUCCCAAUUCUCCGUCAACUUUUCAAACCUGAAGAAGCUUAACAUAUCCGUUUGCAACUACGAAUGGCAAGACAUAUGCACCUUAUCACAUUUAUUCCCAAAAAUAUCUGAAAUCAUAGCCGCUUACAACCACAUAAGGAAAAUCUCACCACCCGAUACGCUGUGGACUUUAACAAUACUAAGAUUGGACGGAAACCCGAUAGAUUCCUUCGAAGAAGUGAUGAAUCUGGGCAAGAUGAGGAACUUGAAGACUUUGAGCUUGAACGACUGCUUUAUAAAGGAGAUCAGAUUUAAUAAUGACCCAAACAAUGAGAAGGUCGAUGUGUUUGAGAAUUUGGAAGUUUUGUUUUUGAACAGGAAUCCGGUGGAUAAUUGGAGGUCAGUUAGCGAGUUGGACAAACUGAAAUCUCUGAAGAAGUUAUAUUUCCUGCGGAACCCCGUGCUUGCCGGGGACAGUUACGACAACUGUUCCCAACUGAUCAUUGCUAAAAUUGGAUCGCUACAGGAACUGAACGGCACACUAAUAACACGCGAAGAACGCCGCGGGGCAGAGUAUGAUUACAUGAAGCUGUACGGAGCGGAAUGGAAACUGGCCCAGCAAGAUCCGGUGAAGAAAUUGGCAUUCGCUAUAGAACACUGUCGGUUUGAAGAACUUAUACGGAAAUAUGGCAUCCCAGAAGACAGUCUCCUGGUAAAACAACCAAAAACGACAACGCUCACGUCUCAACUGCUCGAAAUCACACUCCAAGACGAAACGGGGAAAUCGUUCAAAAAGAAAUUUCCAUGUACAAUGUCCGUUCAGAAAUUAGUCAUUUUGGCUCAACGACUGUUAGGCAAAGGAAGAAAUGCCCCCCCAAAAUUAUAUCUGAUCGACGAACAAAUGAAAGGACGAGAAAUAUGGCUCGACAACCUCAUGAAGGAACUGAGUUUUUUCUCGAUAAAAAAUGGCGACACUGUUUUGGUGAAAUUCAGAUAAUUACUUUUUUCCUCUGGCAACACCGGUUACGUUUUAUUGGCGCGAAUUUAAGCUUUGUAAAUAACAUGUCGAAAUUAUUUAUAUACACUGCUAUAAUUAUUUUUCAGAAAUAAAAAAGUCCUAUAUGUAUUUUUA